UUAAGACUUUUGUGUAGACUUUAAAUUAUUUCUGCCAUAUUUUUUUGGCUAUUAUGAUUCUGACGACAGAUGGCGCCUGGAGAAAAGCAGACGACGAGGUGGAGUAUCGUUGAUAAAAAUGUAUCAGAACAUACUUCAAACAUGCAGUCGCUCAUUCAUAUACAGAAGACCCCUCGUUUAUCUUCAGUGCCAUCAUAUAAAUGGAAGCGCUUAUGAACACAAGAAUUUAAAACCUAUGAGACCGGUGAAAUUAUUAUUCUCAACUGCCCUGUUUGGAGGAACGUUGAUGACUGCCAUGGUUUUGCGAAAGCGUCUUCGUAGAGACCUAGAAGACAUUUAUAGAGACUGUACAGUGCUACCCAAAGAUCCUAAUUAUCGUCACAAAGUAUUAACUUAUUCUUAUAAAAAUUAUAUACUUCCCGAAUUUGUCAUUAAAAAUAUGAAAGAAAUUCAGAAAUUUGAAGUUAGAGACGACGACAUUUUUGUUGUUGCUUUUCCAAAAACGGGUACAACAUGGCUUCAAGAAUUAGUAUAUGUAAUUUAUAAUAAUGUAGAUCUCAACAAAGCUGCUACUUCUAGUCUUGAAGAUAGAUUUCCAUAUUUAGAAUUUAUAUAUCCUGGGAUAUCUGCAGUUUCCAAGAUGUCUUCUCCCAGAUUCAUUAAAUCACAUUUGCCAUUUUCUCUUUUGCCUCAGGAUAUAAAAGAGAAAUCUCCAAAGAUAUUUUAUAUUAUUCGUAAUCCAAAAGAUGUGGCAGUGUCCUACUAUCAUUUUGUUUCUAUGCUUACGAUGACAGAUUAUAUUGGACAAUUUAAAGAUUUCUUUGAGAGCUUUAUUGAAGAUAAAGUUCCAUAUGGUCCCCUGUGGAGACAUUACAUGGAAUUUUGGGAGCAUCGAGACGACAAUAAUAUAUUUAUUAUAAGUUAUGAAGAUCUACAAAGAGAUAUGAAAGGUUGUAUAGAAAAAAUUGCAACGUUUCUUGGAAAGUCUUUGAGUGAAGACGAAAUAAAUAGAAUAAAGGAUCAUUGUUGUUUUAUUAAUAUGUCUCAAAAUCCAUCUGUGAAUUAUGAACAUUGGGAAAAUCUUGGAAUAAGGAAGAAAAAUAGUGAGAAAUUUAUGCGGAAAGGUAAAGUGGGAGACUGGCAAAAUUAUUUCACCUCUGAUAUGAACGAAAGAAUGGAGAAAUGGAUCGAUGAACACUUCAAAAAAGAUGGAUUACAAUUUUGUUACACAUUAAAUGAUAAUUUGCAGUAAGUUUCAGACAAAUAAAUAAAAUGUGACUUAGGUGUAA